GAUCUUAUUUUCUUGCCAAUACCCUUUGAUAGAAAUGGAUGCAAGAUUCUUGUACCCCUUGGAGAGCUGUAAAAUCAUCCACUUGUUGAGACAUGGACAAGCGUUGCACAAUGUAGAAGCCGAGAAGGAUAGGAAUGCGUUGUUGUCUCCUCAUCUUUUUGACGCUCCACUUACUGAUCAUGGUCAUCAACAGGUUGAGAAACUCCGCGAACGCGUUGUCUCAAGCGGCCUACUAAAGAGGGUUGAGCUAGUUGUAACCUCUCCUUUGUUGAGAACUAUGCAAACCGCGGUUGGAGUUUUUGGAAAUGAAGAUAAACAACCAAAUAUGACGAGCAGCCCUACGAUUUUGGCACUUGAGGUUGCUCGAGACCGUAAUGGAGUCCGUCCUCCUGAUAUGAGAAGAAACGUGAGCGAGUAUCAAACUCUUUUUCCCAACAUUGAUUUCUCUCAGAUUGAAAGUGAAGAGGACAACCUAUGGAGACCCGAUGUUCGAGAAUCCGAAGAAGAGAUUUUGGCGAGAGGGUUAGAGUUCAUGAAAUGGCUAUGGAAGAGACCAGAGAAGGAGGUCGCAGUUGUUAGCCAUGGCAUUGUUUUGCAGCAUAUGUUGUAUGUGUUCGCAAACGAUUGUGAGGAGUCAAUUAGACAUGAACUUUGCAAGAGGUUUGCUAAUUGCGAAAUUCGUACUGUCGUGAUUGUAGACAAAGGGCUGGGCACUUCUUCCACGGAUAAUUGAUCACGGAGGAAAAUUUCAAAGAGUUUACCGAGUCUUUAUUAAAAAAUCAACAUUGAAGAAAUUACUUAUUAAUGAUUAAUUUUAUUAUUUUAUUCUUGAAGCUCAAUAUUGUUAAGUUUGAGCUUCGUUUUUUUUUUGCAUUUAUUUUUGGAACUGUAUUGA